UAUCUCCAACAAGGAAUACAUGUCCAGUCAAGACGUCAAAGGAUUUGCUGUGGAAGUACGGCGACGGGAUGCCACAACGGAAAGUCUCCAGGCUGCUGUGCCUCCUGAGCAGCCGCAAUUGUCCUCCACAUCACGUAAAGUGACAUGGAAAUCAUCAUCAUCAUGGGGGACACACUGCUACUCAAUGGGAACAAUGCUCCUUUUUGUGAUCUGCUUGGAGGGUAAGCAUCUUCGUGAUGAAGUCUUCUACACUAUUGUACACUACAUAUUUAGUGUACAUAGUGUAGAGGUGAAUGAGCAAGACGAAACUAACUUCAACCUGACACUACUGCACCUCUGUGCAAUGUAUGGAAAUGAUCGACUAGCAAAUAUUCUCAUCGGACGAGGAGCUGAUGUCAAUGUGCAGGACCGCGCGCUACGACGGACUCCACUUCACUGGGCAGUCUUCAGUAACAAGAUCAACGUUGUCAAGGUGAUGCUGUCACAUGACAGUGACGGUGUCACCUUGGAUACCACACUGCGUGACAGUGAUGGGUACACAGCGUUGGAUCUAGCCAGGCAAGAGAAGCGUGAGGGAUGUGUGCAGUUGCUGGUGGAUCACGAGAGUGCGAAGGAGGCCAAACAGCCGCAGGCAGGAGAUACUGCUGUUCUGCCAAGUAUCAGUGAACUCGAAGCAGCAGAGCAGGAGGCAGCCAGGUUGGGCGGUACGACCGUCAUCCAUUUCCUGCACGUGGCAAUACUUGGUGCGGCGCGCGUUGGAAAGACCAGCUUGCUGAAGGCGUUGCUUGAGAAGAUGCACGAUGAGAAUGAACUCAGCACGCCCGGCAUGCGCACGUCCUACGCAACUACAAGCAUCUCUGAUGACUGUCGAUUCAUCGAAUGCCCAGACAUGCCAGAUGCUCUGAGUCGACUCUACGUCAUCACCAUGAUGUGCAAACCAUCCACUUCGAAUCAUCCCCAAGACAAAGAGACAACACAAGAUGACAGAGAGAGAGCCCCAGCAGGAGAGGAUCCUGUGGCUGGGACCCAUGCAGGACCUAUGGAGGACAGCAGUAGCAGCAGCAGCAGCACCAGCGACGGGCCAGCAAUGCGCGAGGAAAUCCACAAGACGAUCACAGGAUUUCUCAACGCAGACCGGAUAAAGUACAUCUCUGACCGGGCCAACACGCCCGACUAUACCGUCAUCACAUUCCGCGACCUUGGAGGGCAGCAAGUCUACCAAUCCGUGCAGCCCCUCUUCAUGGCCAAAAACACAACCUUUAUUGCCACAUACAAUUCUUCUCUGAACCUUCUAGAGACCCUUCCCAAGCUCGAUAAAUUUCAGUUCAGCCAGGAAGAAUGUAUCGAGCGGGCCACUCUACCGGCCAAUGCGACUCGCCUAGACCAGCUGCUAAGCUGGCUCGACAUGCUGCUGCUGAAUGCGAAAGCUGACAGCAGCACAGACCAGAGUGCUGCAGAUGAUGAUGAUGUGUUUGUAGUGGGGUGUCAGAGUGACAUGUGGAAGAAAACCGAUUUGCCUGAUCCUUGUAAACUACUUCGAAAGAAUAUCGAAGGUUCGCCGUAUAAGUACCUUGUCUGGAACGAAACAUCGUACUUCAAAAUCGACAGCACCAGAUCCACUGGAAGUGCAGCACAAGCAGAUGAGCUGCAGCGAUUGAGAGAGGCCAUCAUCGACCGCUGCCGGAAGAGCCAGCGUAACAUCCCUGUUCCAUGGCUCCGAUUCUGCAUAACCAUACACACGCUCAAGCAGGAGGUCACGUGGCCUUGGAUUUCCUUCAAGGAGGCAAAGUUCAUAGCGAAGCAAGUCAAGGCUGUUCCACAUGACUGCAGUGACCGGCAAAUACAGCUGCUGCUGAAGUACUGCCACGAAGCAGGCCACCUGGCGUACUUCCCAACUUUCAAGCUGAAAGACACGGUCAUCCUGGAGCCCCAGUUCAUCCUGGACUGUGUCAAUGCCUUUGUCUACAUGAAGCUUGACCGAGACAUCACAAGGCACGAAGUGCGGCGCUAUAAGUCUGGGUUCAUGACGGAGUCCCUGGCACGCAAAGCUCUCAACAAGAUGUUCGAGGGUCAGUCUUACUGCGACCAUGCUAAGGCGUGGCAAGCAUUCAGAGCAAGCAGUGAUGGGUUCAAGCUCAUUUUUGAAAUCCUAGAAUGGCUCUCAGUCCUGGCAAUUGUGCAGGAUGAGCACGAGUUUAUUGUACCUGCAAUCGUCCGGGACAUGGGCACGGACCCCCAGCUGCCUCGUUGCUGUGCCUACGUGUCCUUUAAGCACGCAGACAGCGAUGAGUUGAUGCACUUUCCCGUGUUCCUGUACUGGCAAUGCGUGGUGGAGGUGCUGCUGAAGUCACACAAUCGCUCGGCUGCCACGCUGUCACGGUGCAGCGUUCGCCUUCGCUGGAACAGCGUUUGGCCGUGGCUGCACCUGCACUAUACACGCUACGGCUUACAAGUGUACGUCGAGUGCAAGGGCCGAGACGGCGGCAGCGGAAAGUCUACGCUGGAUGAAGUCCGGGCAAUCGUGCGCACAGUGCUACGGAAGUGGGGCCUGCAGGUCGAAGUGAUCAGCACAUUGCCAUGCCCCUGCGGAGAAACAUCGGACGAGGAGUGUUUACAGCAUGGCUUAUCUACGUGCUGCGCACCAAGCUGUGCGCACGCCUUGGACACUUCCACCCUAGUGGCUGAAGACUACCCACUGUGUACAGGUUCAAAGAAGCGGGAUAUACAGAUGAUCCGUGAGCAGGCCAUGUUCUGGCUGGGCCUUGACCAGGAUGCAUGUGGAAGGCUGUUUGACCCGAGAUCGACCUCUCUUCCUUCAGCAGAAGCCUGUGCCAGUGUGGACAGUAGAAGCGGUGGUGACGGUGCUCCAGGAAGUGGUCAUCACAGCGCUGGUGAAAGCGGUGUUCACGACGCUGAAUUCAUGUCGCUUGGUGCCAUUGGUGAAAAGACAUUCGAUCAGAUUGCCGACCGGCAUGCGUUUGUGAGCUCGAUUGAACCGUUCAUCGGUGGAGAGGAGAAAGGCGACAAGAGAGGCUCAGCUGAUGACGAGCAUGCUCCCUGCAUGAAGAAGCCCAGGCUUGCGCAUGCGGCUAAACCGACAUCGUUGACACCUCCAGACGAGGAUGAGAAGUCGUACGGCGACCCAUUCCAACAGCGUGCCUUUCUAACCGAUAUUUCGCCUUGGUUGGGCAAAUUACCAGCGGGAACAUUUCGUAAGAUGGCGCAAGCGGCCGGGUUCUUCGCCGAUCUGGAGCAGAUAGAAGACUUGAAGAGGAUUGAGAAACUAGAUGGAACGCGCACUCACAACGAAAAGUUGGUCAACAUUGUAAGCAGCGAGGAACAGGCUGGCUACAGCAAGCUGGUGAAGCUGAUCAAUCGCUGGGGUAUCUAUCCCGACAAGGUCGACAAGAUGAACCAGCUUCUGCCACGGCAGGCUCGUGUGUAAACGAUUGAGGUGUCAAGCACUUCACGCAGCACGCACUGGUACUGUUCUCUCUCUCUCUCUCUCUUCUCUCUCUCUCUCUCUCUCUCUCUCUCUCCUCUCUCUUUCUCUCUCUCUCUCUCUCUCUCUCUCUCUUCUCUCUCUCUC